CUCAAGGGAGCUGUUUGUUUGGAGGUUUCCCUUCUCUUAGGGAGAAAAUUAAAUUACAUAAAAAAGACUGAUGGGCAAUAAUGAAAUGAAACCCUCAGCAGGCAAAGUGGGGAAUAGGGAGAGAUGAGGUGUCUCUAGGGCUCUGGAGUUUUUUGCUGGAUUUGCAAGAAUUGCGGUAGCAGCAGAGGAAUUCAGAGUGCCCAGGAAGACAGCAAACUCAAAAACCUGCUGAGAGAGUAAGCAAGUCUCCCAGUUCCUUGUGCCCCAGGCUUCUCUGCAGGACCUGCAACAGAGUUUACAGUAGGAGCUUACGCUCUCCCCAAAAGGAUGGAGGCGGCAGGGGGAUGUGUGGCUGAAUCAGGGGAGGGAGGUGAGCUCAGCCCUGCUACCCCUGAACCUGCACAGCAAGAAGCAGACCAAGAGCCAAGAGAGGCCUUAACUGUCUCCAAGCCUGACGCCGAGCUCAGUCCGCCUCUCAUCACUAUCAACAAAGAUGGUGAAGGAAAGGGCCACAGGCGUAGAGGCGCCUUUAAGAAGACUAUUACUCAGCCAGGAUCAGCUAUAAUAGUGUCAUCUUCAACUGCUGCUGUUUCGCCAAAUGGGAAGAAAAAUGUAGUGCUAUCCAGUGAAGCUAAGAAAGAAUUGGCCAAGCAGGCCAGAGUCACCAAGGAGGAGAGAAGAGCUCAGUUAGAUGACAGACACAAGUAUUUGAUAUUAAGAUUAGCAGAUGGAAUAGGCUUAAAUGAACAGAAAGUAGAGGACUCUGUUAUUUCUGAUGAAAAGUUUCAGCUUGUAGGAGAAUUCUUUGCAGAGAACGGACUUAAAAAGUUACUUUUCUUUUACCAAGAUGCAUGGCAGCAAAAGUCAAAUGUUCCUUUGAGGACAGAUGAGUCUUCCCCAAGUUCACUUUUGCAGAAGAAGUUAUUUAUUACCAUGGGCUCUACUGAGGGCUUAACAGGAACUUGUGCAUUUUUUCUAAGGACUACAGAUAAAGCAAUAACUACAGCAAAUAUCUCUCAGGAGGUGAAUUUUGGAAUGUUUGAUUGUACUAAUGGAAAUAUCCUUCAGGGUCUGGAAAUUUUCUUGGCUCAAGUCAUGGUACCAGCACUUAAAUCUCAGCAGCACUGGGGAGCUGUGGAAGAAGGCUUGAAGAACAGCCAGAUACAAGACUUUCUGUAUUCUGUGGAUAAAUUUGUGGGUACCUUGUCAUCAGCAAGACAGAAUUUAGAAGAUAAAAUUCAGCUGCAGAAGGUGGAUAUUGAGAGCUACCUCAACAACUUGCAUAACCCUUCUGACUACAUAACAGCAGGCAGUAACAUCGAGGUAAUUGAGAAACUUGAGGGAGUGCUAAUAAUUUGGAUCAAACAGAUUGGACAAAUUUUGGUGGAAAGUGAACAAAUGAGAAAAGAAGCCGAUGACAUUGGCCCAGCUGCUGAACUGGAACACUGGAAAUCGAGGAUGGCAUCAUUUAACAGCCUUUUAGAUGAGAUCAAGAGUCCAAGAGUAAAUAAAGUUCUAAGUAUUCUUCAGGCAGCAAAAUCGAGACUAUUAAAGCAGUGGAAAGAACUGGAUGGUAAUGUAACAAAUGCUGCCAAUGAAGCUAAAGACAAUGUAAAAUAUUUAUAUACACUGGAUAAGUUCUUUGGUCCACUUGGUAAAGCCUCACCUGCAGCAAUAGUGGAGCACAUACCCAGCUUAAUGAACAGUAUUCGUAUGAUUUACAGUACAUCACCAUACUAUAAUACAUCAGAACAGAUGACUUCUCUUCUCCUCAAAAUCACUAACCAGAUGAUUAAUACAUGCAAGAUAUAUCUAAGUGAAGGUGUUUUGAAAAUCUGGGACCUGGACAGGCAAGAAUUAUUAAAGAGAAUACAAGAAUGUAUUUAUCUCAAUGAACAAUAUCAAACAUGUUUUCAGAGAGUAAGGGAGAAGCUAAAGGAAAAUCCAAAUGAUCGGCAGUUCGAUUUCAGUGAAAACUAUAUAUUUGGAAAAUUUGAUGCCUUCUGUAAACGCUUGGAAAAGAUUUCAGAUAUAAGCAAUAUCAUGGAAGGCCUUUUAGAGCUACAGAAUAUAAAAAUAGAAGGUAUUGAAAGGAUCAAUGCUCGUUACCAGAUGAUUGCUACAAACACCAAAUCAAAAACCUAUGAUGUUCUGGAUCACAGGAAACAAGAGUUUGAGAAAGAUUACCUUGAAUUUAAGAAUCAAAUUGAAGGUCUGCACCAGUCAAUGCAAGAAUUAGUGGAUUCCUGGUUUGAGAAAUCUUUGACUAUUGAACAGAUGUUGGGACUUCUAAUGAAGUUUGAACACCUUGGUAAAGACCAUAUUGAUCUUACUGAAAAAUAUAUAAUCGUCGUUCAGCGAUACAGCCGAGAAUUAGAUCUGGUUCGAAAACUGUACCAGAAGCAAAAAGAAAAUCCACCUAUGCCUCGUAAUGUACCACCUGUAACUGGGAAGAUUAUGUGGGCUCGGCAGUUGUUCAGAAAAAUAGACCAUCCAAUGAAAUUUUUUAAAAAGAAGACUGCACUUUUGAAGACUCCAGAAAUGAAGAAGGUAAUUUGGAGCUACAACAAAAUGGCUGCUGUUCUUUUAGAAUAUGAACUUCUUUAUCACAGAGCAUGGUGCAGGUUUGCUGAGCAAGCUAAGAAUGGACUGCAUGCUUCGUUACUUGUCAGACAUCCAGAAACCAAGGAAUUAUUUGUGAAUUUGGAUCCUAUGGUCCUCGAAGUACUGUGUGAAACAAAAUACCUGAAAAAAAUGAAUUUUGAAGUUCCAGAUGUUGCCCUUGGCAUAUGUGCAGAAGAAGAACAGAUUAAAAAACAGCAAAUGAAACUUCAGGAUCUUUUGACUGAUUACAAGAAGUUUGUAAAUGGAAUUCCUGCUAUUCUGGAACCACUGAUGAAACCUUUUAUGGAGCAAAUUGAGGAAGCCCUCACUCCAGGCCUGACACAAUUAUCAUGGACUUCUCCAAACAUUGACAAAUUCCUCGGGAAAGUUUAUAAGUCCCUAGAAGAAGUCGGGUAUAUAGUCAAAGAAGCUUCUGACACACUGGAAUGCAGAAUUGAAAGAAUUCUGCAGGAUAUGUCAGACACUCCUCUUGUAACUCUACCUGAAGAUGAACCCAUUGAAGUACCUUCUUUCCUGGAAAGGACAGAAAAACUUAUUGCUACAGCUGCUGAAACUCUGUCUCAACAAAGCCAGCAAGUGGAACAUUCCAUGUAUGAAUUGAUAGACAUUCUGAAGCACAGAUUGAAACCAGAAGACAAAAGCAAUCUGCAGGAUUCAUUUGCCUGUGGACAUCUUGAUAUGAAACAGAAAACACGCUGCCAGGAAUGUCUGUCCUGUAGUUACUAUAACCUGAUGGGGCAGCUUUGUCAGAAAAAUACCGACUCCCUAGUCAAAUGCACCAGGAUUUCUUUAGAUGCUUUAAGGCGUCGCUUACAUGUUCUCAACUCUAAGUAUCAGAUGACCAAGUUCCUAAAAGAUCAAAGAGUUCCGUUAUUCAAAGCUGAAAUUCAAUUGGCCAUUCCAAAUGUUGUCUUGAGGCCAAGUCUUGAUGAUAUUCAGAGUGUGGUAAACAAAGCAGUAAAUAUCAUAUUAUCGAUGGCCAGAGAUAUCCCACUGUGGAAGUUUGCUCAUUUACAUCAUAGACAGCAGCAGAUGGAACAGACUGCUGCCAUCGAGCUGGGUGAUGAGAGCAAACUCACCAAGAUGGUGGCAUUGAGACCUUUGGACAAACAGAUCAGUGAACACAAGGAUGUGAACAAAGCUGUGAUCCAGCUUACCACAAUAAUUUUAUCUCUUAAAACUGAUGCAGUGGAUAUUUUGAAGAGCUUUGCUAAAUUCUCCAGCAUCUGGAAUCAGGAUCCAGAGGAAAAAGUAAAAGAAUUUCUGGAGACUAACCCAGUGAUGUCUGAAUUCCAAACACAGAUUAAUUACUUUUCUCAAUUAGAAAUCCAAAUCAGAGAACUGCCAAGUCAUUGCAUAUUGGAAUCAGUGGAUUUUGCAACUGAGUCUUUGAAAAUGGCCUUAAUUCAGGAAUGUCGUUUGAGGCAGAGAUCAUUUGGAUUAGCUUUAAAUAAAAAAGCUGCCAUGGACAUGGAUGCAAUUUACACAUUCAUUGACAAUCUCAGCAAGAGAUUAAACAGGCCAAUCAAUGAUCUUGAUGAUGUGCGAGGAGCAAUGGAAGCGCUAAACGAAAUACGAGAGGCUGAGAUUAAAAUUGACAUUACAGUUGGACCUAUAGAGGAAUCUUAUGCUCUGCUACAUAAGUAUGAUCUACUGUUUAAAGAUGGAAAUGCAGAAAGAGUUGAUGGGUUGGCAUAUGCUUGGAAGAACCUAAACACACAGGUAUUGAAGAUUCAGGACUUGCUGCUUGAAGUGCAACCAUCCAUGAAAGCAGAUUUACUGAAUGGUGUUAAAAAGUUCCAGACUGAUGCUGUGGAAUUUUACACAGACUAUAAUGAAAAAGGCCCUGGUGUGGAAGACAUUCCUCCCUGGGAAGCAAGUGAUAGAUUACAAAUCUUCCAAGCCAAGUUUGAUGAACUGUGGAGGAAGUAUAUCACUUUUUCUGGUGGGGAAGAAUUAUUUGGUCUUUCUGUCACAG